CAAAGGAAAACGAGGCCGCUGUCUUCAUUUCCGCUCUCUCUCUUCUCUCUCCCUCUCUCUCUCUUCUCCAUCUCAAAGUUCUCUGCAACUACUCCUUCCUCAGUCUCAUAUUGAUCUAACCCCAUCUAUGAAUCCAACCCUCUCCUCCCUCUUCCCAACUUUAAAUUCCUCGACCCAAUAACCAGAUCACCCCAAAAACUCCCAGCCUCCGCUGUUUUCUUUUAAGGGUUUUCUGGACACACUUUUUACCUAGAGCCUCUUGAUACACCUCAGUAUCAGGGAGCCAAAGAAAGGAGGAUAUAUUAUCAGAGGGAGAAUCCGAAACCGACGUGCCGUUUGUUCUUUCGUGGUCUAAAUGGAGCUCUUCCCAGCUCAGCCAGAUUUGUCCCUGCAAAUCAGCCCGCCUAACGCCAAAUCGGCGUCCUGGCGGCGGACGGCGGAGGAAGAUGUGAACCUGGGCUUCUGGAAGAGGGCCCUCGACUCGAGGAGCCACCACUCCUUGCCGUCCUCAAUGGCGGCCAAGAACGACGCCCGCUUCGAUCUAUCCCUGUCGAAUCCGAGGGCAGGCCACAACGCCGUUGGCGGCAACACCAUUCCGGAGGGCAACAAUAACGUCUCUUACAACCAUCUCCACCAAGGCGGCAACCAUAUCCACUCCUUCCAAAACCAAAGCCAGUACUCCAACAGUAAUCACCACCAGCAUAUGCACCAGCAUCAUCACUCGGUGUUGCAGCAUCAGCCACAAGGGCUGAGCCAAGAGCUCGGCUUCUUGAGACCGAUUAGAGGCAUCCCGGUGUACCACCAGAACUCUUCUAGUGCUUUCCCAUUCGCCACUCAACUUCAACAUCUAGACCCAUCGCCAAUUCAUCACCCGAAUAGUAGUAACUCCCUAACAAAUAGUGCCAAUUCCAUCGCUUCGAACCUUUGCCAUUCACACGGGCUGGUGAGAUCGAGGUUCUUGUCGCGGUUCCCGGCAAAGCGGAGCAUGCGGGCGCCACGAAUGCGGUGGACGACUACGCUGCACGCCCGGUUCGUCCAUGCGGUGGAGCUGCUCGGCGGCCACGAGAGAGCCACACCAAAGUCAGUCCUUGAGCUGAUGGAUGUUAAAGAUCUAACCUUGGCACAUGUUAAGUCUCAUUUACAGAUGUAUCGAACCGUGAAGACUACCGAUAGAACAGCAGCUAAUUCUUCAGGACAAACAGAUGUAUUUGAUAAUGGAUCGUCAGGAGAAACUUCUGAUGAUUUAGUAAUCGAAGUUGCGAACCCGAAAAGGCCUGAACUUGGAAGGCAUGAUCAUCAAGAUACGAGUCAACACGGUCUUUGGAGCAAUUCCUCAAGGGAAGCUUGGUUGCAUGGGAAGCCAAAGGAUUCUGGAGGGAGCACUCCAUCUGUUGAGAAGGACAUGGAUCCAAAGAUCUCAAGCUACGAGAGGACAUCAGAAAUAAGCUCGCCGUCGGUCAAUCUCACAGGCACAAGUCCCAUGAAGCUAAACCUGGAAUUUACUUUGGGAAGGCCGCAUUAAUUAUUUUAUUUAUCUUUUUUCUUUUCCAAAUUUUUCCUACUGAUUUUGAGAGACUAUUAAUUGUAGCUUACUAGAAAUCAGCUGAUGAAAAAGAAUCAGGUUCUUCCGCUGAGAAAAUCAGAGCGAGAAAGUGAGAGAAAACAAAAGUAAAAGAAAAGGCCAAAAGAAAAGGAGAGAGCUAAAGAAAGACAAGGAGACAAGAAAGACAGAAAGCAACAAAAGUAGAGACGAGUUGGAGGAGGGAAAAAAGCGUCCUUAUCAAGCUGCCUCUGAGAGAGACCCAAAAUCCGACAUUAUAAACUAUAUUGUAAUGGCUACGUAAAUAUGAUCCAUGAUGAUAUUGAUGUUGUUUGUUCUUUCAAUCAGAGAAAGUGAGAGAGAGAAUGAAA